AAAACACAUCUACAAACCAGACCACUGCUGUUCACCGCAAUGGAUUCUUUACUGAAAGGAGAGCUUGAGAAGCUGGAGUGCCACUUCACCUGGGAUCUGGGGCAAUAUCAAAAUGAGCUCCAGGGGAUGAAAAGGAAGAUGGACCAUGUUGACCCACAAAAAAUCUCUUCUCCAGUCCACUAUUACAACCUGCUGGGGUUCAUCCAAAAGAGUCUUGGCUCUGACAGAGAGGCGCUGGAGUCCCUACAGAAAGCAGAAAGUGUGAUCCAGGAGCAGGGAACAGAAGAGACUGCAGUCCGGCUGCUGGUCAACAAAGCUAACCUGGCUUGGGUCUACUUCUAUUUGGGAGAGCUGGAGAAGAGCAGAGGAUACCUAGAAGAGCUGGAGGAGCUUCAGAGAAUUCAUCCUGCUCCACCUGGAUGCCCUUUACACCCUGAAGUGAGUGGAGAAAAGGGCUGGACGCUGGUGAAGUUCAACAAGUCCAAGAAGAGCCAGGCCAUCGGUUACUUUAAGAUGGCUUUAGAAGCUGAACCUGAAAGGAAGGAAUGGCACAAAGGUCUUGCCAUAUCUAUGAGCAAAGCAUGUUUAUGGUAUAAAUGCACUCCAGAGCAGAAAGCUGAGAUUUUAGAGAAGGUGAAAACGGCAGCAGAGAUCGACCCAAAUGAUCUGUUCCUUCAAUCUCUCUAUGUCUUAAAAAAGUUUGAGGUUCAGGGAGAAAAUGUUGAUGAGGAGAUUCAGAGUUUGCUUAAGAAAUCCAUUAGCACUGCAAACUUGGUUGGUCUGAAUUACAUUAUCGAAUAUUUUAAGGGCAUUUCUUAUGGGAGAGCAAUUGAAGAGGUACAAAGGGUUCGGGAAAUAUUUCCCAGUUCUUCGACACUUUUGAAAAUUCUUGCAAAUUUAUAUAAAUGGAAAGUGUUCUCCAUGAAGGAGGACAGCAGGGAAAGGCGGAUUUGGGUUCAGAAAUCCAUUGAGCUGUUUGAAGAGGUUGUCAGACAUUACCCAGAUUGUGUGAAAGGAAGGUCAGACCUCGCAUCACUGCACCGUUACGCACACAACACUGAAAGAGCAGAGGAGAUUUACCAGCAGCUCCUGUCAGAGGACCACACUCUCCCUCCUCACAGCCAACAGUUGUUGUACUAUAGUUACGCCUGUUACGUACAUCAUACUGGACAGUCCAGGGACAAAUCAAUCAACUUCCUCAUGAAAGCAGCAGAAAUCAAAAACUAUUCAUAUAACAAAGACAAAUGCAUUGAGAUUCUUCAAACAACAGUGCAGAAUGGCAGAAACUCUCGAUGUGAGGAGAUUAAAAGAUUUCUGAAGAAUGUUCUCAAAGAGGAGUAA